AACCAGAAUAUCAACCAUGUCAAAGGAGCCACUCCCUUUUUGUCCUCUUUCCAUGUAUUGUCAGUAUACGGAGCAUAAACUGGUACAGAAGGAGAUCUCUGAAGCAGUGGAAUGAAUUUGGCCAUUUGGAAAAUUACACCAGAGGAAAAUCUAAACAAAGUUUCCAGACGAACAUUAAUCCUUUUACGGUUCUGGACGUGUUGUGGAUUUACACCUGAAAACCACCUGCAUGAAGGUGCCAUUUCAUCCACCAGCCAACACAUACCUUCACCUCCUGUGAGAGUUUGUUUGCUGGGUAAAAAAAGGCAGCAGUUUUUCAACAGCUAUGAAUGGGCUCAGGGAAAAAAGUUUUGGAAUCUUCUGCUGUCUUGUGUUGCUCGUUGCCAGCUUCACUUUCUUAUAUUUAAGAUAUGUAGCGAGCCUCGUCCCUGCGCACAGUCUGCCGGUGGCCAGUGAGGUGACCAGUAAGGAAAAUCUGAGCAUCAAUUUAGACGACACGCUCAACUUUGGAUAUGUAGCGAGCCUCGUCCUUGCGGACAGUCUGUCGGUGGCCAGUGACGUGACCAGUGAGGGAAAUCUAAGCAUCAAUUUAGACGACACGCUCAACUUUAGGGCCAGAAAGGAGGUUGAAACACGCACAUCUUGGAAAGCUCCUAUCAUCUGGGAGGGGAUGUUUGACCCCAAACUUUACGACCAAAAGCACAUCCAAAAAAAGUCAUCUGUGGCCCUCACUGUGUUUGCUGUGGGAAGGUAUCUGGAUGCCUACCUGAAGACUUUCCUUACCUCUGCAGAACAACAUUUCAUGUUGGGAUUACAAGUGACAUAUUACGUGUUCACGGAUCAACCAGACAAGGUACCACACCUUGAGCUUGGUCCUCAGCGAAGCCUGAAGGUUAUCCAGGUGGAAAAGCACUCCAGGUGGCAGGACAUCUCUAUGAUGCGCAUGAAAACGAUAUCAGAUACCAUAGAAUCAGAGAUUCGUCACCGCUGCAAUUACGUCUUCUGCUUAGAUGUGGAUCAGGAGUUUAAGGGAAGAUUUGGCUCAGAGGCUCUGGGGGAUUCUGUAGCUCAGAUACACGCCGGCUUUUUCAAAGCUCCACAGCAAAGCCUCACCUAUGACAGAAACCCCAAAUCCAAAGCCUUCAUGGAAAGCGGAGAUUACUACUACCAUGCUGCUGUCUUUGGAGGCCUGUGUGAACAUGUGAAGAAUUUGACAGGUCACUGCUUUCUGGGUAUCAUGGAGGACAAACAAAAUGAUGUGGAGGCUCUGUGGCACGAUGAGAGUCAUCUAAACAAGUACUUUUGGCUUCACAAACCAACCAGGUUGCUCUCCCCCGAGUACUGCUGGGACCAGGUUUCCAACAAGGACAACAUACAAGUCAUCCGCCUAAUAUGGGCACCAAAACAUUAUGACACGCUUCGUACUAAGUAGAGUGGCUAGAAGAGCAAGAAAUUGCAAUAAUGCAGUGCAAGAUUGUUUACUGUAAGGCUUUACCUAGGAAAGAAAUUCUUUUUGCCUUUGUUGAAAAUCCAACUCAGGUAAAUCUUAAUUGUCUUUGUCCAGGAUUAUUUUGACAAAAAGUUUUGAUAUCAAAUCUGCAUUACUUACAGUUUUUUUCAAUUGCUUAAGCACAAUUUUGAA